AUGAUCGUUGCACCGGUCCUGAGCAUCACACAUCAUACGCGGCUGUAUUAUAGCAAGGCAAAUGUUCUGUUCAUAGACGGAAAAGAGCACCACAGAUCUUUGUUCGCAAUUUACCACAUUAUCUGCUACAAGCGGUACGUGAUCCUGUGCGGAAUUGACAUGCUACAAGUUUUGUACAGUUUGCGGUGCGAAAUGGUGGACGAAUGGAAUCACAGGAAAACCGUUCGCGGAGAAGUGGCUGGUAAAAAAGAACGAGCUAGGCAUAAAAAAUUGUUCAUGUUCAGGUACUACGUGCAGAAACAUCGGUGGAUUAUCCGACCUAACAAUUUGAGGAAUACAUCUGGCACACAUAAAUUUGCUUUGCUUGGAGAAAUGCCGGUAGAAGGACGUAUUAUGAGUGUUUUAAUCGUCAAAUCAUCCCUGUACGUUCUCACCGAUAGGUUUUUGUACAAAAAUCGCCGUAAAAUCUUCGUAUUUGAUGAGUGUAUCACCACCGGAACGCUGAUCAGAAGAGCGUUCAUCGCACAAGAAAUGCCUAGCAGUGGGAGAUACCAUGAAAAUAGAACAAAACAAAGGACAGUACCUGUCACCUCGAUCAUUGGAACAACAGACGGACGAGUUAUUACGAACGGAUUUGGUAAAAAACUGUUCGAUGGUACCGUUACGCACAUUUCUUGCGUCAACAAUUCCAUACUGGCAUGCUCUGAAGACCGCUCUGUUAUUUUAAUCAAGGAUCUCACAGACACAAGGAUAUUGCACGUUGAACUAAGAGGUAGCGUGUAUUGGUGCGGUUUACAAGAUGCAGAUAACUAUUUUGCGCUUACAGAAUGCGGAAACGUAAUUGUUAAUGGCAUGAAAUUUUCUUUUCCGUAUAAAUCUUUGUGCAGCGCAGCUUUUUAUCGUGGAAGACUUCUUGUCGGGUUGAAAAAUGGUGGAUUGGUGGUGUGUAAGGAAAAAAAAUUUGGGUGCUUAAGCACUGAUCGUACAUUCGUAUCGGGGCAAGAUGUGUUCUUGCUCAAUGAGAAGUGUCAGAUUGUCUGCAACGGUACAGAGCUGUAUGAUUUGUCGGGCGUAGAAGAGGACAUCGUUGAGUUUUAUCUCAAACCUGGAAUGAUGGUGCUACGCUUCAAAGACAAGAUUUGGUUGCUGUGGAAUGCUGAAAAGCACGUUUAUGAGAAGGGAAUGGGCGCAAGUGAACGUAUAAAUGCGACCGGGCAGGGCGAUGGCACGGAAGUACAUGCAACAACGAGCAAUAUCGACAAGCUGGAGCACAAUGAAAUGAAAAUACGUGAGAUGUUCGUCGGAAAAGGGAACUACGGGGAACAUAGGUGUAAAUCAAGUGUUGAUGGGCAUAUUUAUACCUCAGGCGGCAGAAACACGUCAACAGGUCUGUACUGUGGAAUUGAGCGCGGGAUAAAUACAGAGAUAGACAGGAAUAGUAAGAUGGAGACAGCAAAUAUUAGGAGAAUAAAACGGGAAGAACUUGACGUGGCAGGUAUCAGCGAAUACUAUACGUCUGCCAUCGAAAUCAAUGUCAAAAGCGGAUACUUUAGCGUGUAUUCAGACGAAUUCCAUGUGAAAUUUGCAUUCUACGAUAGAAUAGUUCAAUUCGAUAUGAGAAAUGAACUGACAAUAUUCCACUACAGGAAGAUCGUGUCCUUGGGCAGGGAUGUUUACGGGUGCCGUACCGGCAUACUUUUUUACAGAAACGAAUUGCUCAAGAUCUCUGAUGAUGCGAUUACAGGAAUAGUUGAAAGCAACGGAUGGGUGGUUAUGUGUUCCAGGGACGGGUAUAUCUAUUUUUUGGAUGAGACUACACGAAUGGUCUACCGGAAGUUUAUCGAUAGCGUGUUUCUUGAGGGAAUUUACAUACAUGACGGGCAGAUUGUGACAUGCGGGUUCCGCUCAUCAGAAUUUGUAGUUUACAGUUUUAUAGGCGAAAUCAGCGUUCGUACCGGUGCAAGACCCAAAAAAUGGAGUUUCAACGGUCACAUCUUCAGUUUUGUAAGGCAAAACAUGACCUUUUUUAAAUUGAUAAAAUACGAAAAGGACUAUUUAAACGAUGCAGACCUUAUUCUGACCAACAGCCUGAUCAAUUGCUCGUGCGUGUCGGAUUGUGUUCAGUUCGUAGGUGACUUUGAAGGCAACGUUUUUGCCUUGAAGAAUUACACGCUUGUGGACAGGAUACGACUGAAAGGUGAGGUUAAUGACAUCAAAGUGCAGAGGCACAAACGCUCAACUUAUCUUUACUGCUGCACAAAUGACUCGUAUGUCUACAAAAUAUUCUUUAAAAACGGGUUACUGCUUGAGGAAAGAAGCUUAAAGCUAAAGAACAGGAUUUUAUCGAUAGCAAUGAAUGACCAUGUUUAUGUGAGUAGUUCUAGCGGGAUGGUGUAUAAGCUCACAAUGAGCCUUGCAGUGCUGCAAUCUGUGAAUACACAAGUACUGAAUUUCAGCAUGGUGUGCGUUGGCGCAGAUCUGUUGCUAGCAGGCACAGACGGCUGCAUACGCGCAAUAGGACAGAACAUGGAAGUGAUUCGCAAACUGAAGGCACACAGCAACGCCAUACUCAAGAUAGCAUGUAAUGAUCAGAAAUUGUAUUCUGUUGGUGAUGAUCACACGCUUAGGAUCGCUGAUAUUGGGUGUAACAGGGUAAUGAACAAGAAGGUGAUCGCCAACUCGCCGGUAAUUGAUGUAAAAAUAGACAUUGAUAGGAUUUACAUCCUGUGCAAAAACAAGCAAAUGUUUGUAUUGGACCUAAACUUAGAGAUUGUAUCUUUACAUAGGUUAUAUUUGAGGGUUGUGAAUUCGUUUGAAAUUCUUGGGAGCCGUUUGUUGGUCCUGGGAGAAGGAAUUGAAACGGUUUUUAUUCGUGAUCAGAAAUAGCAUUUCAGUUAAACAUGGUUUUUACGGAAA